UCGCAUUUCCCCACGCUGCGCGCCCUCUUCCCUCCCUGCCAAAUUGUGCUCCCGCCCCCGGCCCGCCCCCGGGAAGGUUCUGGGCGUGCGCGGUGCAUUGUGGGGGGCCGGGAGCGAGCAGCCGCCGCGAUGAUGCCAACGCCGGUUAUCCUGCUGAAGGAGGGCACGGACACCUCGCAGGGCAUCCCGCAGCUGGUCAGCAACAUCAACGCCUGCCAGGUGAUCGCCGAGGCCGUGCGCACCACGCUGGGCCCGCGCGGCAUGGACAAGCUCAUCGUGGAUGAUCGGGGCAAAGCCACCAUCUCCAACGACGGGGCCACCAUCCUGAAGCUGCUGGACGUUGUGCACCCGGCCGCCAAGACCCUGGUGGACAUCGCCAAGUCCCAGGAUGCCGAGGUGGGAGAUGGCACCACGUCUGUGACCCUGCUGGCAGCUGAGUUCCUGAAGCAGGUGAAGCCCUACGUGGAGGAGGGGCUCCAUCCCCAGAUCAUCAUCCGCGCCUUCCGCACGGCCACGCAGCUGGCUGUGAACAAGAUCAAAGACAUCGCUGUCUCUGUGAAGAAGGAGGAUAAAGAUGAGCAGAGAAGUCUCCUGGAAAAGUGUGCAGCCACAGCCCUGAGCUCCAAGCUCAUCUCCCAGAGCAAGGAGUUUUUCUCCAAGAUGGUUGUAGAUGCUGUGAUGAUGUUGGAUGACUUGUUGCAGCUCAAGAUGAUUGGGAUAAAGAAGGUGCAAGGAGGAGCUUUGGAAGACUCACAGCUGGUGGCUGGAGUUGCCUUUAAGAAAACCUUCUCCUACGCUGGCUUUGAGAUGCAGCCCAAGAAGUACCAGUCCCCCAAAAUCGCCCUGCUCAACGUGGAGCUGGAGCUCAAGGCUGAGAAGGACAACGCCGAGGUCAGAGUCAACACGGUGGAGGAUUACCAGGCCAUCGUGGAUGCAGAGUGGAACAUCCUGUAUGACAAACUGGACAAAAUCCACAAGUCAGGAGCCAAGGUGGUGCUGUCCAAGCUGCCCAUUGGGGACGUGGCCACGCAGUACUUCGCAGACAGGGACAUGUUCUGUGCUGGCCGUGUCCCCGAGGAGGAUCUCAAGAGGACCAUGAUGGCCUGUGGGGGAUCCAUCCAGACCAGUGUCAAUGCCCUGUCGGAUGAUGUGCUGGGCCGCUGUGAGCUCUUUGAGGAGACCCAGAUUGGGGGAGAGAGGUACAACUUCUUCACGGGCUGCCCCAAGGCCAAGACGUGCACCAUCAUCCUGCGCGGGGGCGCCGAGCAGUUCAUGGAGGAGACGGAGCGCUCCCUGCACGACGCCAUCAUGAUCGUCAGGAGGGCCAUCAAGAACGACUCGGUGGUGGCGGGCGGCGGCGCCAUCGAGAUGGAGCUCUCCAAGUUCCUGCGGGACUACUCGCGCACCAUCCCGGGCAAGCAGCAGCUGCUGAUCGGCGCCUACGCCAAGGCCCUGGAGAUCAUCCCCCGGCAGCUCUGCGACAACGCCGGCUUCGACGCCACCAACAUCCUCAACAAGCUGCGCGCCAAGCACGCCCAGGGGGGGAUGUGGUACGGCGUGGACGUGACCAACGAGGACAUUGCUGACAAUUUCUCGGCGUGCGUGUGGGAGCCGGCCGUGGUGCGCAUCAACGCUCUGACGGCCGCCUCGGAGGCCGCGUGCCUGAUCGUGUCCGUGGACGAGACCAUCCGCAACCCGCGCUCCAGCGUGGAGCCCCCUGCUGCUGCUGCUGCUGCUGCUGCCUCCCGCGGCCGCGCCCGCGCCCGGCCCCACAACCACUGAGAGCUCCGGGACAGCUGCGGGAAUCAGUGGCUGCUGCUUCCCCUGCUGAGGGCUGGCAGCCCCACAGCCACUGAGAGCUCCUGGAAACCCCUGGGGUCGGCAGCUGCUCCUUCCCUGCCCAGGGCUGGCAGCCCCACAGCCACUGAGAGCUCCGGGAAACCCCCGGGAAUCAGUGGCUGCUCCUUUCCUUGCUGAGGGCUGACAGCUCCACAGCCACUGAGAGCUCCGGGAAACCCUCUGGGAUCAGCAGCUGCUCCUUCCCUGCCCAGGGCUGGCAGCCCCACAGCCACUGAGAGCUCCUGGAAACCCACCGGGAUCGGCAGCUGCUCCUUCCCUUCCCAGGGCUGCCAGCCCCACAGCCACUGAGAGCUCCUGGAAACCCACCGGGAUCGGCAGCUGCUGCUUCCUCUGCUCAGGGCUGCCAGCCCCACAGCCACUGAGAGCUCCUGGAAACCCCUGGGAUCGGCAGCUGCUCCUUCCCUGCCCAGGGCUGACAGCCCCACAGCCACUGAGAGCUCCGGGAAACCUGCGGGAAUCAGUGGCUGCUCCUUCCCCUGCUGAGGGCUGCCAGCCCUGGGCUGGGGGCGGUCAUUGGCAGCUCCUGGUGGUCACAGGCAGCUCCUGGCGCUGGCAGCCACAGCCCUGGAGCUGCCCUGCCCAAUGCUGCUGCUCUGGCCUGGGUAUUCCCUCGGGAGCAUUCCCUGCACCAGACCCUUCCCUCCUGGGGACCCUUCCCUCCUGGGGACCCUUCCCUCCUGCGGGCUGGAGCCAGCACGGGCUGGCUUUGGGGCCUGUUUAUACUGGUUUGUGUUUUGUUCUGCUGGGCAGUUUAAGGCCAGGCUCCAGCACAAUAAAAGGAGUUUGUCUCAGUGGCA